AUGACUACUUCCUACGACCUCAGAACUGCCAAAGGCGUGUUGGCCUAUCUCAACACGACACCUUUCCCCGCGACCGACGCCACACUACUUACAGGCGGAAACUCGGCUUAUACAUUCCGCGCGACGCUCAAGACGCCCCUUGCGUCUGGGGACAAAACCAUCGUCCUGAAACACGCCGAGACGCAGGUGUCUGCAACAUUUUAUGAUCCUGGUCUCAAAACAUCAGAAGUCAGCGCGCAGCGCAAUGAAUUCGAAUACAAGAUGCUUUCGGUUAUUACGGAGUCCGAACUCUGUGGUCCUGAGAGUAUCGUCCGGCCUCCUCGUCCAUUAUAUUACGACCCGGAGACUCAUACGACCUUCAUGGUCGACCUAGGCUCGCCGAUCCCGCUCCAAACAAUCCUCCAAGAAGGAUUCGACGCGGGAACCCUUGAUUAUCGCCAGUUGAGUCACGACAUCGGCUCGGCUCUGGGUGAUUUUCUCGGACGACUACAUACCUGGACGAGUGCCCCCGAACAAGCACCCCUCCGCGCGCUCAUUUCCCAGAACGACGUCGCGAAAAGGUGUUUGUCGAUACAGCACGCGUUUGCGCACGAGACGUUGGACAAGCUGGGGUUGAAAGAACAAUGGAUCGAGGAUGCCUUGUCUCGGGAUUUGGAAGAGAGCGCGGCGGCUGAAGAUACAUUAAUAUGGGGCGACAGUUGGCCGGGUAAUAUUCUGGUUACAUUGCCCUCGGAAACGCAGCCGUUGAGAAUCCAUCUUACCGACUGGGAAAUGUCGAGAUUAGGACCUCCUGAAUUCGACCUUGGCGAAGCGGUUGGCGUGGCCAUGUCCGUUGUGCAUCAACGUUAUCCCCAAGGCCACCACCCUUACAUCCAAUCUUUGCAUUCCUCGUAUCGGAAACAUCGUGCGUUGAAUCCUGUGAGGGCGGCACGGUCGACGGGUGUGGCGAUAAUAGGGCAUAGCUUUAUUAUGCCCUGGGUAGUCGGCCAGGACGAGCAGUCUCAGAGGAGUCUUGCUUCAGCUGGGAUCGCUCUUAUUAAGGUUGCCCAAAGUGAAGACAUAGACGAGAUCAAGAAGCAUAGUUUGCUAAAGGAGCUGUUUUAA